UGUCGCGAUGGGCGUCGUACAGGGUCGAAUAGCCCGAAGUGUGUCUGCUCAUCUGCAUUCUCAGCGUGAUCCAAUGCCUCGCCGCCAACACGAGGUGUACACGCACUGGGUCUACUCAUCACGAGGCAGGGCUGCUCAGCCUGUGCCACUGCUGAUCUCGCCGCCAUGCCCACCGACCAUCUCGGCCUCGCCACUGCCCAGCAGGAGCUAGAAGGAGGACCGCAUCGAUUAUCUACGCCCGCAGCAGCGCCCUCCAUCUCCAUCGUGCUUCCAGGACAAUCUUUCAACGAUCUACAGCACGAAGGCUGUAACCUUUUCCGUCGAACCGGCAACCCACUAGUCAUCCCACUCCUUUCCCGUUCCGUUCUGCCGUCUCCCCAGCACCCCGCCCACGUCACACCCCGUCUCCGCUACAAAACUACUAAGCCAAUCUAUAACGCGUGUUAAAUAGAGCAGGUGAGUGCGUUCGUGUUCCGGCCGGCUAUAGGCCCUCGUCAGUGGCUCUGCAAGGACACCUUGCUUUUUAUCCUGCUGCCUGCAGGCGUGUCGGGGACAUCCAUAUAUAUAGCGACGUGUCAACGAUCCUUUUCUCAUCUAUCAACCCACCGCCUAGAAGCUGACCGUGCUUAUCUGUUCUCCACGGCUAGACCGCUCUCUUUUCUCAGUCACUUCAGUCUUCUUUCCCGUUUCCCGUGUUGUUUGUUGGCCCACCGACUGCUUUCCUUUUCUCAAGACAUCUUUCUCGACUCCUUUGCCACUUUCGCCGUGCACUUUGGUUUUACCGUGCCCCUGUUGUUCCACAGUGAGAUCUCACAUCGAAUAACAAAAGCCAACGCCCUCGUUGACAUCCUCUCCCAUUUCACGAUGUCUUCCACGACCAUACCCCUCUCCACCCGCCCCACAUCGACCACCAAACCCAUCGCAAUCCCUUCGUCCAAAUCUCACUCCCAGGCGCAGACCAAGCUUCGUUCCGUGCCCUCACUCGACUCGGGCUAUUUUGAAAACAACUCGCCACCUCCAUCGCCGCCGCCUACGGCAGAGGAGAGGCUCAGUGUGCCAAUGUUGGCAGACGAGGCGAUAAGGCUGCUGAGAAAGCAGGAUGCCAAGAUGAUGUCCCUAGGCGACUUCAUCGCCGAGCUACGCGAGGACUAUGACCUCCGCACAGUCGUCGUAGACGAAGUGUUGGAGUUUAUGACAGCGAACGGGUGGGUUCAGCUGUGGAAGAGAAAGGGGAAGGAAGAGACCUGGAUCAGCAUCGCCUGAUACCUCCUCUUUGAGUUUUGAGCUGAGAAGGUUGUAGAGAGUAGCGCGGUGGGAAUGGGAGGCGUAUAUCUCUUUGUGGAUAGCCCUCUGGCCUUGGGAUAUAUCCAUGGUCAUGGUCUUUGGUACGAAAGUCAGAGGUAGUGUGCAGGGGGCAGGUGAUUCAGAAGCUUUCUAGAAACAAAUCCAUAAAUUCAAUCCUUUUCGUCCUUGUCCGUCAUACUGUCCCUUCCUGCGUUGAUUUUCCAGUUCGUCUCCUCCUACCCCUGCAGCGAUUGGUAUUUUGCCUUUGUAGCUAGGCUUUCCCUUCUGUCAUUCUAGCCGCGUACCGUAUUCACGUUGAGGUCCGUUUUCCCUUCUUCCCCACAUUUGGUCGCUUUGUUUCCCGAUGAUGAAGAUGAUCCAUCAGAUUGUCUCACAUAUAUGCAGUACUGGCGUGUCUCACCUGAUCCUUAUACCCGAUCUGUAUGUAGAUAAGUAACGUUCUCAAGAUCUGUACUCUGAGAUUGCAGUAUGAAAGAGAUGAUACACGCG